GGGGAAUGUGAUGGUUCAUGGAUAUGGGCAUUUUAGCGAUUUGCCUUAUCAGGGAAUGCUAGCCCAGUGACAUGGAUGUAAGAUAACAAUGACUUGCCAUUUGACUUGGACAUAAGGACUGCUGAGAUGGGCUGGUGUCUUAUCUUUUACAUAGCCAUUGGAAUUUGCCAGGUUGUAGGGGUCAAUGGAAGUGGGACUGGGCUAGUACGACUCAUUGGGUUCUCUAGACCACCAGACCAGGCUUCAACAGGUUCUAAGGUAGACCUGUGCGUUAGACCAGCAUUGGCGAAACAACACUCACGGUGUUUAUAUGGCAGAACGACAUUACAUUUAGCAACAGAUAAUCGCUUCAUGUUUGAAAGUGAAUCCGGGAAAAUCGCAAACUCACUCUUCUUCCAUUUUAAAUCUUUGUCGACAGGGUUGAUGUUAGCAGUAGGUGAUGUUGACGGUACUGAUGAGGAACGAUCUGGUUCUGUCGGAGUCAUUCUGACAAGACAGCCUGUCUCCAGUGGUACCACAAGGAUAUCAGCUAUGACGCGACAAGGAAUCAACCUCACCAUAGAGUACACGCUUGUUUGUGACGAGUAUUACUAUGGGGAUUGUGCUACGUACUGUCAUCCAGACAUCCCGAAGUAUAACUGUGACAGGACGGGACAGCGGAUAUGUCUGACAGGUUGGACUGGUGACCUUUGUGAUAUCAGAGACGAUACCUGUGGUACCAAUCCUUGUCGUCAUGGUGGGACCUGUACAAAUAUACCUCACAACCAUCACUUCUGUAUGUGUACCCCAGAAUGGACAGGACAUAACUGCGAAACACCCGUGCAUUUGUGAUCAUGAUAGUGCUUGGCGUCUGACGUGGUCGCGGUAGCGUCGGGGUGAUCGAGGGUGUUAUCUUUCGUCAAUAAAAACAUGGAAAUGAAA